UGUCUGCAGUGUGAGGUGACCUGUUCCAUGUGUCCCUGCCCUCCCGACAGCGUGGUUAAAGCUCCCAUCGCCGCGCGGCUCUCAGUAUGGUGCAGCGCACUGGGAUUUAGCUACUGUAGGCAAAUACAGCUGAGGGAGAACAGAGAGGCCUGUGUGUGUGUGUGUGUGCGUCACACAGUUCAGCAGCAUCAUGGACACAGAAUAUUCCAAGAGAGUCUACCAAGGCGUUCGAGUCAAGCACACGGUUAAAGACCUGCUGGCGGAGAAACGAUCCCGUCAGACGAACGGACCGAGAUACAGCGGAGGAUCAACCACUCCACCUUCAUUUGUCCAAAUGCCAGGUUCCCAUAUGCUGUCCAGCUAUUACGGCAUGAGACGUCCGUUCAUAUCUGACACGGACUUCUGUUCGCCCAGCAAGCAGUUUUCCCCAGAUGUUUAUUCUUCUGCCUUGGGGGGGAAGCCCCUGAGCUGCGAGCCCUCAGCCAUGAGCAGCUACUCCUCCCUCAUCGACAGCUACUACCCGGAAACCUUCGGCGAAUACCGCAGCGCCGCCACCUUUUCCAGCUCCGGGGGCUCCUUCCUGCCCUCCUCAGCUAUAUCCUCCCUGCUGCCGUCUUUCAGCGGAGAGUCCUCGCAUUUGUUCCUGAGGGACUCAUGGGAGCAGUCGGGCCAGGAGCCGGUAUCCCAGGUGGAGGCUCUCUGUCCAGAGGGCCUGACCGCCGUUCAGCCCUCCAUGUCCAGCCCCGAACCCCAGGGGAGCCCCUCCCAGUACCGCUCCCCCAGCCGGGGCUCGUCCAUGGGCCCCGUCCCCAACGGCCAGCCCUUCACUCUCCACUCGCUGGAGGACGUCCACUACCACCCUCUGACCACCAGCGCCCCGUACCCGGUCCCUUCCUCCUCCUUCCCUUGCCCUCCGUACAUGAGCAGCCCCGUCACUGACCUAGUGUCCAAGAUGGGGACAGAGGAGGUGGCCGAGGGCCACAGCAGCCUCCCCACCGGCACCGACACCCACUCGUCCUGGGCAAAGGAGGACGGGGUCAGCGCCUGGUCACCUUACGAGAUCAGAAGGGCCUAUUGACUGGAAAAAGGAAGUCCGAGAGUGAGAAUAGAAAAAGAAGAUUGAGUUUCAAAGACAAUUCAACAAUGAAGUCAGCAAACACUGUCUCUCUCAGAGCCGUUUUGCUGGAAAUUUUUUAUGUCAGUUUGAUUUUUUUUUAUUUAAGGGGGACGAUUCUAUUCUAAAUACCAGUCUGUAACAGCUCCGAGCUGUCUAAAGGAUUGACGAAUGAAGUAUCUUAUUCAUAUUUAUGCUGUAUGUACUGAGGAAUUGUAAUAGUUUUGUUAACGUGUCACAUGCUAAAUACCAUUAAAACUCUCUGUACAAAAGCUCCUGGCACAUGGACCUUAAACUACUCGGGAAAGAGCAUGGUGCACUCGAUGAAGAAAGUUCCCUGUGCUCGCGUGAAUAAGACGGGUGUAGAGUUACUGCUUUGCUUCUGGUUAAUCUGAAGGUUUUAUGGUCUCAUACACAUAUGUAAACAUAGUAUAGCUAUGUUUUUCUUAGUUCCUGAGUAUGAGCUAAAGGGUAGACAGGAAAGACAUUUUAUAGACAGUGGGCAAACAUAUUUACUGCUGGACAUGAAAUGACUCAUUACUAUAAAAACUUAUAAAGAAAAAUCAGCUCUUCAUGGUCAGAAAAAAAUAGAAACAGCUCUGACUUCUGCUGACAGGAUCAAGUCGCGUCCGGAAGUGACCAUACAAUCUUGGUUGUUCAUGAAGAAAUCAUUAAUACAGUACCACUGUUAUUGUGUAAAUGGGAGUAGGAAUGUUUACUAUGCGAUAGUGUACAAAAGUGGUAUAAAUUGGUCAGCUAAACAAAGAUAAUACUGUUUUUCUGUCUGUAAUAAAAUCUGCUGUUCAAUAUUUUAGAGCUUUGAAACAUCCUCAAAGUAAGUUCUUUAAGUCUUUAUUUAUAACUCUAUUCACCAAGUGCAUUAUUUUCCAUCUAGUAAAUGCAUUAUUGAAACCCUGUGUUUUGAUUAAAUGUCCAUACUUUGAUCAUUUAUUUCUUA